ACAAGGGGUGGAGGAGAAGAAGGAGGAGGGGAUGGAGAGAGAAGGAGGGGAAAGGAGAGAGGACAAAAUAUUCAAAACAAAGGACGUUUUUGGACGACAGGAAAAGUUCUCGUAAACAUUCAGCUCUUACAAGGAUGGGCAGUCUUCCAAUCGCCCUGCUCCUCUGUGGUUUCCACGCCCUCACAGCUGUAGCCCAAGCCCCGCAGGCUGAGGUGGAACUCCCCAGAGGUGACUGGAAUGAAGAGGAGGCUUUGGUGUCUGUCUCUACCCUACCGCCUGACUGUAGGGAAGAGACGUAUCCCUGCACCAGGAUGUACUCUGUCCACCGGCCCAUCAAGAGAUGCAUCCACUCCCUCUGCCUUUACAGCCUCCCUCGUGUCUAUGUGAUCAACAAGGAGAUCUGUGUUAGAACUGUCUGCCAACAGGAGGAGUACCUGAAGGCUGAGCUCUGCAGGGAGCGGUCCGGCUGGCCCAAACGCUUCCAGAGGUCAACCACCAAUAAGAAACGCUGUCACAAUCGCCGCAGCAACCCCACAACCUGGGAAAACAAGGCCUGAUGGGCCCAAGAUGUCGGAGAUGGAAGGAGGGGCGAAGGAAGAAGGGAGGAAGGAGAGAAGGAGUAGGAGGGAGGACACCCUUGGAGACAGAACACUGGGUUGUCUCCAUAAAAACACCCCAAAACACCAUAAAUCCACCACUCAACACCUGGUGCUAGCCUGUGCCUUAAUACACACACACACACACACACACACACACACACACACACACACACACACACACACACACACACACACACACACACACACACACACACACACACACACACACACACACACACACACACACAACCACGCACACAUACACACACAAACAACAUAUAUAUAGAACACAGUCCACGUAACUCCAGUUAAGAACAGUCUGUGUCAUACUUCUCAGUUCUUCUAUUAGCCCUGUGUUUUAUUAGAACUGUCUGUGAAUAUCAGGGGAGAAAUCACUCCCCACAGAUUUGACCUGUGUUUUAUUUGACACGGCUCAUGUUCUGUGCUGUUGCGGGCUGUAUAAUACUGUUCAGAUGGAACGCUGUUGAGUUACUGUAGUUGUGUACUGUAGAGACAGUCUGAGAACAAAGUAUCUACUCUGUCAUUACUGACACCUUAUUGUAAAGCACUCUAUCACAAUCCAAUACCAAAGCAGUGCAAUACUACCCAAUAAAAUGUAAUGUGGUUUA